CCCCCCUCCUGCCAAGGCAUGGAUGUACCCCGGACCUAUUUCGGGGGGAGAGGUAGGUAACCACUAACACUGACAAUACCACUGUCACUGUCACUGUCACUGCCACUGCCACCAAUGGAAGUGACCAGUGACGGGGGCCAAGCGGCCAGACUCGGCUUGUCUUGUGCCAGGAACAUUCGUUCAAGGCCAACCUCUCCCCGCCCCCAACCCUUCUAACCGAGUCUUGUUUUACCAGUGAGAUACCAGACAUUGGACGAGGCCGUCGUACACGAAGUUUGAAGAAAGCUCUCACUCGUAGAUUGCCGGAACGGAAAUGAGCGAGCCAUGAUAGCAUAACGUCAUUGGCACACACGAGACAAGACACAACAAUCGAACCGCUUCGGCUUCAUUCCCAUCUCGAAGCUCCACACGCCCGAAGCGGUUGGCUAGCUGACCGCGCUUGAACGACGAUGCCUUCGGCGGCCUUGACACGCCUGGCAACCGGCCUCGCGGCGAGGACGACAAGGUACCCGGGAGCCGCGGGCGUAGCUGGGCAGUGGAGGACGCUCUCGUCCGGUUAUAAAGGGUUGAGCUUCAGCGAGGGGCCGAGUGAGCCUCCCCUCCUCACACAGACCAUCCCGGAGCACUUCUCCCAGAUUGUCUCUCUCCACGGCGACCUCCCUGCCGUCGUCGCCCGCGCGCCCACCGCCCUCACUUCGCCGUCGCCGGCCUCCACGCCAAACCCGCUCCCGCCCGCCUCGACCAGGACCUUGACCUACGCCUCGCUCGACGCCCUCUCCAACACCCUCGCCUCGUCCCUACGCGCCCUCGGCCUCCGCAAGGGGGACCGUCUCGCCGUCUCCCUCGGCAACGGCCCCGAGUUCGCCGCCCUGACCUACGCCGCCUUUAAGCUCGGCGCCGUGCUCGUCCCGCUGAACCCGGGCUUCAAUGCGAAGCAGGUUGCCGCCGCCCUGCGCCACCUGGCCGUCGAGAUCCUCGUGGUCGGCAAGGUGACGGACCUGCCCUACAAGCCGUGCCGCGGGCGGAGCAACCUCGACCUCGUGCGGACGCUGGUGCCGGACCUGGACAAGGGAAAAGUAGAGAGCGAGCAGGUGCCGACGCUGAAAACCGUCGUCGUGCUGGACAACGCCGCCUCGCACCCGCUGGUCGAGUUCCCCGCCUUCGCGGCGCUGACGCCGUACGACGUGCUGCUGCGCGGGUCCGACCGGCCUGUCGUGCCGGACGCGCCGCUCCGCCCGGGCGAGACGAUCAACAUCCAGUUCACGUCCGGGACGACGUCGCAGCCCAAGGCGGCGAUGCUGACGCACACGGGGAUCCUCAACAACGGCCGCCUGAUCGCCGAGAGGAUGGGGCUCGUGCCGGGCGACCGCAUCGUCGUGCCGCCGCCGCUGUUCCACUGCUUCGGCUGCGUGCUGGGGUACAUGGCGACGGCGACGACGGGCGCCGCGAUCCUGUUCCCGAGCCCGGCCUUCGACCCGGCCGCGACGGUGAGGAUGGCGGCCGACUACGACGCCACGGGCCUGUACGGCGUGUCGACCAUGUUCGUGGCCGUCAUGGAGGCGCUGGCGGCGGGGAACGUCGCGCGACCGGACGAGAUGCCCCGCGGGCUGAGCAAGGGGAUCGCGGCGGGGAGCUCGGUGCCGGAGAGCCUGAUGCGGAGGCUGUACGAGACGCUGGGCCUACGGGACCUGGUCAUCUGCUACGGCAUGACGGAGACGAGCCCGGUGAGCUGCAUGACGGCGCCCGACGACGCGUUGGAGAAGCGGACGGGCAGCGUCGGGCGCGCCAUGCCGCACACGGCCGUCAAGAUCGUCGACCCGCUCGACAGGGCGCGGGUCGUGCCGCGCGGGGAGAGGGGCGAGCUGGCGGCGGCGGGGUACCUCGUCAUGGAGGGGUACUGGGGCGACGAGGCCAAGACGGCCGAGGUGAGGCGGCGAGAGGACGACGGGCGGGUGUGGAUGUACUCGGGCGACGAGGCGCGGAUGGACGAGGAAGGGUACGUGGAGAUCACGGGGCGGAUCAAGGACCUCAUCAUCCGCGGCGGCGAGAACAUCCACCCGCUCGAGGUGGAGAACUGCCUGUUCCAGAUGGAGGGCGUCAAAGAGGCCGCCGUCGUGGGCGUGCCGGACGAGAAGCUCGGGGAGAGCGUCGCGGCCUUUGUCGUGGCGAAGAAGGGGUGGACCGUGGGCGGGGAGGGGGAGGGGGAGGGGAACGGCGCCAAGGGCAUCAUCACGAAAGACGCGGUCAGGGCGUGGGUGAGGGAGCACCUUUCGGGCCACCUCGUGCCGAAGCAUGUGUUUUGGGUGGACGAGUACCCCAAGACGCCGAGCGGCAAGAUUCAAAAGUUCAAGCUGAGGGACAUGGCCGAGGGGCUCAUUGGGAAGUAGAUGGACACACGGGUCUCCAACGACGUUUAGAGGGGCAAUUGUUGACCGACUUAUAUGAGAUGUAGCGGAGGCAUAGGGGCUCUAUGGAUGCCCAUCGCAGGCCGGCUGAUUGAAGGUCUGACCUGGCAGGAAUAGCAUCAUUGUUUUUUAAACACGUUUCAAGCGCAUUCGUGCUCGC